GGGUGUUUCCGCCGCGAGACUGCUGCGGGACAGCACUGCUGCUUUCCCGGGUGGUUGCCGGGCGCCGGGGGCUCCAGGCAUGGGUGACACCGCUGGACCGCGCGCCUGCCUGCGGCGCUACCCCGAGCUGCCGGUGUGGGUGGUGGAGGAUCAUCAGGAGGUUCUGCCUUUCAUAUAUCGCGCCAUAGGAUCCAAGCAUCUUCCUGCCAGUAAUAUAAGGUUUUUACACUUCGACUCCCAUCCAGACCUCCUCAUUCCUGUGAAUAUGCCAGCAGACACCGUGUUCGAUAAGGAAACACUAUUUGGAGAAUUAAGCAUUGAAAACUGGAUUAUGCCUGCGGUUUACGCUGGCCACUUCUCUCACAUAAUAUGGCUUCAUCCCACAUGGGCGCAACAAAUCAGAGAAGGAAAGCACCAUUUUUUAGUAGGCAAAGAUACCUCUACCACAACAAUCAGGGUCACAAGUACAGAUCAUUACUUCCUAAGUGAUGGCCUUUUCGUACCUGAAGACCAGCUAGAGAAUCAGAAACCAUUGCAGUUGGAUGUAAUUAUGGUGAAGCCUCAUGAAUUUGGUGCCAAUCAAGAAGAAAAUGCUGCAGAGUCUUCUGCAAAGAAGCCCAAGCUGGCACUGGACGAUUCGGAAAACACUGCCGCCGCUCACUGUGACUCUUAUUCAGGAGAACUGGAGGACACAGGGACACAGAGCAUGGGCCAAGCUUGCCGAGAGCCGUCGUGUUCCUGUUUUUGUUCUUCCGAAACUCAGCCAUGCCAGACUACAGCCUGCACUCAGCAGAUUCUGGAAAUUUUGAAGAAAGACAAUGCGUUUGUUUUAGAUAUUGACUUAGAUUUUUUUUCAGUCAAGAAUCCCUUCAAAGAAAUGUUCACUCAGGAGGAAUACAAAAUUUUACAAGAGCUCUAUCAGUUUAAAAAGCCUGCUAGCAACCUAACUGAGGAAGAUUUGGUAGAUAUUGUUGAUAUUCGAAUCCAUCAAUUAGAAGACUUGGAAGCAGCUUUUGCUGAUCUGUGUGAUGGUGAUGAUGAAGAAACUGUGCAGAGAUGGGCUUCCAACCCGGGAAUGGAGUCACUAGUUCCACUUGUACAGAGCUUGAAAAAACGCAUGGAAGUGCCAGACUAUGAGAUGGUUCAUCAAGCUGGUCUAACCUGUGAUUAUUCAGAACUUCCUCACCACAUCAGCACAGAACAAGAAAUUGAGUAUCUCAUUCAGUCUGUAUAUUAUUUACUAAGAAAAUUACCAAAACCUACACUUGUGACAAUUGCAAGGUCAAGUCUGGAUGACUACUGCCCUUCUGAACAAGUUGACACCAUUCAAGAAAAGGUCCUUAAAGUCCUGCACUCCCUCUAUGGGGCUCUGGAUACUCACCUGGUGUAUUCAGCAGAGUCUGCCCCAGCUUGAAGCAGACAAAAUGCUAGGCUUCUGUUACAUCUUGCUGGAGUAACCAGGUUUACAUUAACUGGUUUGUAAAUGAGUCUUCCAGAGAACACUUUUAUGCUAACUUUCAGUGGAAAUCUUUAAGAUAUUUUGAAUCUCCAAAUACCAUGAGUUGUUGAAUGAUAGCAGUUUUUUAUUUUACAUCAAGUCUGCUAACUCCAGUUGACAGAAUUUUUAACUUUCUUUCCAUCACUGUCUUUAUUUUUGUGAGGAUCUUUUCUCCCUUUUCCCUGUAGGUCAACUGGACUGUGUAAGAUUCAUUCAUGUGUUUAUUUAUUUAUUCAUUCAUCCAACUCAUACAUGAAGGACUUACGUGUGCCAGGCAUUAUGACAUGUGCUGGAUGUGUGGUGAUAAAUAGAGUGGACAAAGCCCAGCUCUCUUGGCAGAGAUCUGUGAAAAACAAAUUAUGAGUUGUAAGCAGGGUUACAGAGGAAAGGGCAAUGACAAACAUGUCUUAGGCAUACUUAGUACUCAGGGCACCUGGUAUUUUAAGAAGGAAACAUUCUCAAAAGUUACUACCAAAAAGAAACAAACAAACAAAUGAAAAACCCUUAUCAGUCCUUAAAAAUGUUACAAGAAACCUACCUUUUUUGAGACAGGGUCUCACUAUGUAGGUCAGCCUAGACUUGAAUUCACUGUGCACCCCAGGCUGGCUUAAAC